AUGGCAAGCAAAUAUUUACUCCAAGUCACCGCUGGAUCUAGUUAUGAUGCUGCCAAACAUCAGAUCGUGCCGGUGAAUAGUCCUGAAAUCAUUACUGUGGAGUCGGAGCAUGUAUCCGUGAGCCUCAAUGUCCGUGUACAAUCUUAUCGUGGCUUGCCCUUAGAUUCGCCCAGCACUUCUCCCUACUUUUUGCUUCCACCACAUUCUAAGAACAACGAUCAGUACAGCAUAUCAUUUGCCUUUACUCCGAAAUUAAACAUAAGCGCCAACGAUCUCUUAUUUGGCAACGACUUCGAUUAUCCGAUCCGUGAUCGUCUACCACCAGGAUUUAACGCCGCUUUUAGAAUCGUCAAGUGGCUGAUUGACCCAGGCCUUGAUGGUGAUGUCUAUGCCGAUCAACCUUAUUUGUAUGGACCGGCAGCAAGCUCACUCAAUGUCAUACAUUUCGGCAGUAAAGAUCAUAAGUUUAUUGGGAAAAAAAUUGCAAACUCUAUGGCAGGAUUAGUGUUUACGGAAGGAGGUUGCACAGAUGGUAGUACUAUACGUAAGGCAAAGGGUAUACCUGAUUCCGAAGCGGCCAGAAAAAAGUUCUUCUUAAACGACAAGAACCGCGCCAAGUGGGAUUGGGAAGCAGGAAGGGAAUAUGGAUGUGAAUUCUUCAACCCAUAUCUAGACUUUAACGAAUUCGCUCUUCGUCUUCCCGGUUUUACCCUUCCCAUGAUAAAAUACUUUGACGUUCAAAGCUCCAGGAACCUCAAGGACAAGAGCGACUCGCCAAAAUUUCCAUAUCCAAGGCGCUCCCACCGCUUACGAUAUACACUUAAAAACCGAGCAAACAAUUCAGUACUCUUUGUCAUUGUUUUUACUCUUUACUUAAAAGAGGAUGUGGACGAAAACGGUACAAUACGGGGGUCUGUGGAACAAAUCAAGCAUGGUAAAAAUAACGGCAGCGGUAAUAAUAUUACCGAAGGCUAUAAAGAUAAACUUGAUAUCACCGUGGAAGACGAAGUGGAUUAA